AUGGAUCAAGUUCGAAAGGACUACCUGUCUGAGGGAGCGGACGAUAAAUACGCGCCCCAGAGAAAGCUAGCACAAGAUUACCUAUCCGGUUUCGACGCUGGUGAUCAGUUUGGACAAUGGUACAUUGGAGAUAUCAUCGUGAAUGGCAAUGUACCUGAAGAUGAACUCAAGCACUUCACUCGCCAUAGCCUACUACGUGGUGCUGAACAGUGGGAACAAACGCUUGCUUGUGCAGAGUCCAUGAAGGAUAAAGCUUCAUUUGACGACCCCCUUGAUGGUCAAGACACUCUUACCUUCCUCACCAAGAUGUUCCAGGGAUCUCAAGGCACAUCAGAUCAGGGUACUGUCAACCACUAUGCGCAGGUUCCCAAGGGAAGAAAGAGACUUCAGUCUCAAUUGAAGACAGACUUGGACCAGCCUACCAAGAAGCACGGAAAGAACAAGCAAUCACCUUUCUGGGCUACUGCUGCCACCCAAGCUUCCAGCCAACAACUGAUUCCCCUAGAGGAUGAGAAGAAACCCCAUGAGGAUAGAAAGGCGCGACGAUCCCUGGGAAGGUCCACUAAGAAUGCCGGACAGGCCCCUGAUCAGAAACGUCCGAUCAUCCAUCUCUCGGCUGAGAGACCAGCCCUUGCCAAGGCUCGCAAGGUUCAUCCAGGUGGAAAUGUCAUCACCCCCAACUCAGACGAGGAUGCCUAUGUUCUUGAGUCUGUGAGUGGUUCUGGUAUCCUGCGCGAUAUUUCUCCCAUCCAUACCUCCGCGGAUACCGAAAUGGGAGAUUCGUUAAAACAGCAACACUCACCAUUAACCGCUCCUAAUGGUGUCGAGACUACAUUGGAUACGACCAAGUCAAGCCUCAACACAUCGAGCAAAAGUAACGAGAUUCAAGAAUUCACGACGAAAUUAGAGGAAAAUGAGAACACAUAUCCUCCAUCACAAGCACUAUCUCAGACACCCAAACGCAAAACCAAGUCCCCUUACUUUGCUAUGCCACAAACGCCUAGCCCAACUAAAACAAAACCUCCCCGUCCUCCUAGGGGCACCAUUUCUUGCAUCCCCAUCCCGCCACUAGACGCGCCCCAAUUCGGACUUAUUCAGGAAGAGCUCGCUUCAGAUCCCUUCCGGGUACUUGUAGCCGUCACUUUUCUGAUCCGCGUCAAAGGCAAGCAAGCAAUUCCGGUAUUCUAUCAGCUCAUGGAAAAAUACCCGACCCCUGCAGAGCUCGCAGAGGCCGAUACGGGCGAUAUUAUAGAGAUGGUCAGACACCUAGGCCUAGCAGUUGUCCGUGCUGCCGCUAUUCAGAAAUACGCGAAUAUCUGGCUGGACAACCCACCGACAGCGGAUACAAGAUAUGGCGUUAAGAGUUAUCCAAACCUAGGCGACGGCGCCGAUGUACGCGCGGGAGAGAAAGUUGGACCUGAGGAACUUGAUCCGAGACAGGCGGCUUGGGAGAUUGGACAUAUGACUCAGGGUCGAUACGCAAUUGAUAGUUGGCGUAUCUUUUGUCGAGAUGUGUUGAGAGGACGUGCAGAAGAUUGGAUGGGGAAGGGUGGUUGUAAGAAGAAGGGCGAAGGAGAGUUUCAGCCUGAGUGGAUGCGCGUACUGCCCGAGGAUAAGGAGCUUCGAGCUUGCCUCCGUUGGAUGUGGAUGCGCGAAGGUUGGGCGUGGAACCCGAAGACGGGCGAGAAGGAUGUCCUGUCGGAGGAGAUGCGCAAGGCGGUUAAUGAGGGACGAGUUGCGUAUGAUGAUAAGGGUGAUUUGGUGAUACUAGACCCCGAAGAGGGAUCUUGA